UCUGUAGGGUUCUUGCAUAAACUUGACUUUGGAGCCUAGAAUAUCGAUGAACUUUUGGCGAGGGAUGUGCAAGAGACCCAAAGAACAGAACAGAAAUGAUGUGGCAAAAGCAAGAUGCAAAAACUAUAAUCCCAUCACCUUACAACCCUAGAGAUGAUGAUGAGGAUGAUGACAACAGUCUUCUUCCCACCAUAACGUGCCCUUCCUGUGGCCACAGCUUCCCAAUGUUCGAUCAGAGGGGGAUUGUUCAUGAUUUGGGGGGGCUACCAGCGGGAGUGAAGUUUGAUCCGACGGACCAAGAAAUUCUGGAGCAUUUGGAAGCGAAAAUAAUGGGGGAUGUCAGGAAGAUUCAUUUUCUCAUUGAUCAAUUUAUUCCCACGUUGGAAGGCGACGAUGGUAUUUGUUGUACACACCCAGAGAGACUUCCAGGAGUAAGCAAAGAUGGACAAGUCCGCCUCUUCUUCCACCGGCCUUCGAAGGCAUAUGCCACUGGGACUAGGAAACGGCGCAGAGUGCAGAAGAAUGCUGAUGAGAGUGAGACGAGGUGGCACAAGACAGGCAAGACAAGGUCGGUCCUCGCAGGCAGCGUGGUGAAAGGGUUCAAGAAGAUACUUGUGCUCUACAACAAUUAUGGGAGGCAAAGGAAGCCUGAGAAGACCAACUGGGUGAUGCACCAAUACCACUUCGGCAAUAGCGAAGAGGAGAGAGAUGGAGAGCUAGUCGUGUCCAAGGUGUUCUACCAAACGCAGCCCAGACAACCCAGUUCGACGAACCUCAAAGAUCCAAAGGACAAAAUGCCGAAGAGUGCUCAAAGCUUGAAUGAGGAUGGCCAUGUUUUACGGAGCUCUAGUAACGUGAUUGGGUAUUAUAGUCACCCGCCUUGUAGGGUGUCUUCCGACCAGCUAAUUAUUCCUAACUUUGCCGUUCAUGGCGAGGCUGCUUCUUUGGUUCCGCUAAUAGAAGAUUCGAACAAGGGGAAGCUUGUAAAAUAUUCAUAAAUGAAGAGAUCCUGAUUCUCU